UUUAACAAUUAUACAUAUUUUUACAUUGUUAUUUCAAUCUGAACAAAACGUUAUAACAUAAACUGUUUUAACUUUACAAAGGUGAGAUCACUUUGCCUGCAUACAUUCUUGUUCAUACUUCAUUGUUGUUUCCUUUAUUCUGAUCGUCUACCACAAUAUUUAUUUUUGUUGUUAAGCCGUUCUCCUUGAUUAUUUAUAGAAAUUAAUUGUGGUUCAGUCGUGUGAAAUUUAACAAAUUACUACAACAAAGUACAUAUUACUUGAAUAGAGUAAUUACCCUGUAUAUUUACCUUCUGUUAUUCCAAAGCUUUUCUCGCUGAAUUUCUGUAGUUUAAUUUUAUGGACUCUUAGGGCCGCUGUUGACCACUGUGUUGCUGAAUGAGAGCAGGAUUGCAGCAGCACCUCCCAUGUAACCUCCAUAUUAUAAAGACAGAACACGAAAGGCAGCGAUCUAAGCAUUGUGUUUGUGGAGCACUGUUGGAAGCUUUGGUGAGAUUUUUGACGUGAGGAGAUCGGUUCUUGUCACUGUUUUGUUUGCCUUUGAUGCUGGAAUACAAGCCAAAUCUUUUGGGGAUAUUAUUAUUUAGGAAAUACUGGAAAGAAAUCAUGGAUGGAACAAUGAGUGGGCAAGUACUGUUGUUUGUCUGCCUGCUUGCGCUCGAUUUAGCGUCUGCUCAGAUCAGUUAUUCUAUUCCAGAGGAAAUGCCAAAAGGAUCUUUAGUUGGUAACAUUGCACAAGAUUUAGGAUUAGAAAUCAAACGUUUGGUUUCAGGCAAAGCUAAAAUCUACACGAGAAACAGCGAAGAAUACGUCGAGCUGAACAGAGACAGAGGAGUCCUUAUUGUCAAAGAGAGGAUCGACAGGGAGGCACUGUGCGCAGAGACGGCUCUUUGUGCUCUACACUUCCAGAUCAUUUUAGAGAAUCCCAUAGAGUUUUAUAGCGUAACAGUCCAGAUCACAGAUAUUAAUGACAACGCACCAACGUUUGAAAAAAGCGAAAUGAAGUUCAAAAUCAGCGAAUCUGCAGUCACCGGAGCUAAAUUUGUGCUGGAAAGGGCGGUGGAUUUGGACGUUGGAAUUAAUAAUGUCCACGGAUACGAUUUGAAACCUUCGCAUUAUUUUGCUUUAAAUGUGCAAAAUAACGCUGAUGGAAAUAAGAACGUAGAGAUGGUGUUACAGAAACCUCUGGAUAGAGAGAAACAGGAGCAGAUAUCUCUUGUGUUGACGGCUGUAGAUGGAGGAGAACCGCAGAUGUCAGGGACGAUGCUGAUUCUCAUCACAGUUUUAGACGUGAACGAUAACGCUCCUGUUUUUACACAGGCCACAUACAAAGCUACAGUCACUGAGAAUUCAGCUAAGGGCACAGUUGUAGCUACAGUCACAGCCACCGACGCAGACCACGGCUCGAACGGAAAAAUAACCUAUUCAAUGACCAACACGUUAGACAGCGUCAGAAAAUUAUUUCGAGUAGAUGAAGAGAAAGGAGAGAUUUCACUAAUUGGACAUAUUGACUUUGAAAAGUCGAAACAUUAUCAAAUUAAUUUACUUGCAAGUGAUGAUGGAGGACUCACUGAUUCGUGCAAGUUAAUUGUAGAUGUUCAAGAUAUAAAUGACAACAAACCUGAAAUCAGCAUAAUGUCAAAGUCAAACGUGAUUUCAGAGGACGCUAAAAUCAGCACAGUUGUUACAAUAAUAAAUAUCGAUGACCUAGAUUCUGGAGAAAACGGAAAUGUGAAAUGCUUUGUGAACGAAAAUAUACCAUUUGUUUUAGAAAGACCAACAAAUAACUUUUAUAGGUUAGUCACAGACAGUGAAUUAGACAGAGAGGGAGCCUCAGAGUAUAACAUCACAGUGACGUGUUCUGAUGAGGGAGUCCCCUCCCUCUCCAGCAGCGUCACUCUCACUUUACAGAUCUCUGACGUCAACGACAACGCGCCUGUCUUUGAGAGGAGCUCAUAUGAGGCCUACAUAGUAGAAAACAACACACCAGGUCUCUCUAUAUUCACAGUCAAAGCCACAGACGCUGACUGGAACCAGAAUGCUCGUGUUUCUUACAUCCUGGAGGACUCCUCUGUGAACGGAGUGCCAGUCUCCUCAUAUGUGUCAGUUAGUGCUGAUGGUGGAGUCAUCCACGCAGUUCGCUCCUUUGACUACGAGCAUAUCAAAGACUUCCAGUUCCGCGUCAAAGCUCAGGAUGGAGGUUCUCCUCCACUCAGCAGUAACGUGACGGUGAAAAUCCUGAUCCAGGACCAGAACGACAACCCUCCUCAGGUUCUGUACCCAGUCCAGACUGGGGGCUCUAUGGUGGCUGAGAUGGUGCCUCGUUCAGCAGAUGUGGGCUAUCUGGUGACUAAAGUGGUGGCUGUGGAUGUGGACUCUGGACAGAACGCCUGGCUCUCCUAUAAACUGCAGAAAGCCACAGACAGGGCGCUGUUUGAAGUGGGCUUACAGAAUGGAGAAAUCAGAACCAUCCGCCAAGUGACUGAUAAAGACGCAGUCAAGCAGAGGCUGAGUGUUAUAGUGGAGGACAACGGGCAGCCCUCUCGUUCAGCUACAGUCAUUGUUAACGUGGCGGUGGCGGACAGCUUCCCUGAAGUGCUGUCGGAGUUCACGGACUUUACACACGACAAGGAGUACAAUGACAACCUGACUUUUUACUUAGUGCUGGCUCUGGCUGUAGUUUCCUUCCUGUUCAUCACGUGUUUAGUGGUCAUCAUAUCAGUCAAAGUGUACAGGUGGAGACAGUCUCGCAUCCUGUAUCACUCCAACCUGCCUGUGAUUCCAUAUUAUCCACCACGUUACUCAGACACUUUGGGGACAGGGACUCUCCAACACGUGUACAACUACGAGGUGUGCAGGACCACUGACUCCAGAAAGAGUGACUGUAAGUUCGGCAGAGCCGGUAGUCAGAACGUGCUGAUCAUGGAGCCCGGUUCAACGGGGACGAUGCAGAGGAUGCAGAGUGAAAAGAGCAUCUUGGACGAACCAGACUCUCCUCUAGAGGUUAGAAACAUUUAACAAUUGCACAAUUUACCUAAUUUGAAUCCUGGUCAAAUUACUAAGUAAACAGUGGCUGUAUUUUGAGCUUCCAAAUCUUCAAAAACGAAAUCCAGUGUCAAAUUACAACCUUUAGGUCAGCACCAUGGACAGCGGCAAUUUACACAACUGAUGCUGUACUACAAGUAUGCUGUUUUCUUUGCAUUUUUGCUCCACGUUUAAAUUAUCUACCGUUAUUAGAGCUCACAUUUUGUUGGGUGCAUUGAAAUCCACAGUAUAUAAUUUUUCCUUUUUUUAUUUAUACAUUUUAGGGGGGGAAUUACAUCUAGCACAACAUUUGUUACAA